CAACAAGAAACUGCUAAGCUUGAAUUAAUAUGCAAACUAGAUACCAUUAACUUGGGUUUGAAUAGAGACUGGGAGUGGCUGGGUCAUUACACAUAUUGAAUAUAUUUCCCCAUGUUAAGUAUCCUCACACCUUCUUGUCAGCUGUCCAUAUGGGCCAUCUUGAUUAUCACUACAAAAGUUUUUUUUCUCCUGCUGAUAAUAGCUCAUCUUAAUUAAUUAGCCUCUGACAGUUGGUAUGGCUACUUGCACCUUUUCAUGUUCUCUGUAUGUAUAUGUAUCCUCUUACUAUACGUUCCAUUCUAUGCAUCUGAUGAAGUGGGCUGUAGCCCAUGAAAGCUUAUGCUCAAAUAAAUUUGUUAGUCUCUAAGGUGCCACAAGUACUCCUGUUCUUUUUGCGGGUAUAGACUAACACGGCUGCUACUCUGAAGCAUAUCCUUAAUAGAGAAACAACAACUUCCAUGCUCUGAUAAAAGAGCAUAAACCAAAUCCAGGAGAGUGAGAAAUGAAAAUUAGUCUUGAUGGUUGUAUUAUAUUAAAUUUUUUUUGUUUGAUCCUAAAAAGAAUGGCAAACAAUGAUGGCACAGGAGGGAGCGAGAUGCAAAAUAGUACUGUGGGCUGGAAAUCUCAACAGCUCUCUAGAUUUUCUCAUUAACUGCAAAAAAAAAAAGGGAAAAUGCAAAAAGAUUGAAAAUGCAAGACUUGAAUUUUACAGGCUUGCAUCUAACCUGUUUUGUCCCAUUGGAAAGAGGUUUUCUUGGUCAUAAUAUCCUUUGCCUUCUCAUGAACCAAUGUGAAAACUUCUUACAAGAACAAGAGUUUUUGCAGCCAACUGGGAUUCAGGAAAAUUUAUAAAGUUCUGGCUUCAUUUUGGAUUUGAAAGUUUUUACUCAUCUAGAGUCCUAAUAUUUAAUGCCAUAUCACCCUUUAAUGUACACUGACAUUUUGUACAUCACAAACAACUCAGUUUCAAGAGAAUGAUGUGAUAUGCACAGGAAGAGUGAGGAGAAAAUGGGCAUGCUUCAACAAGCUCUUAUUUAAGUGUUAAGGGCCUGAUCCUGCAAACACUCAUUCAAGCCGGCGUUACUCAUCCAGACAGUCCCCUGACUUCCAUCCAUUUGCUCCAAAUGGCACUACUAAUGCAUGCAAGUUCUGCUCGCAUGAGUAAGAGCUGGCAGGAUCAGAUCCCAAUAUCUUAGCACUUACAUAGUACUUUGCAGUCUCACACCUCUGUAUAUAACUAGUUAUUCAUCCUGAUGACAGCCCUGUGAGGUAAAUAUCUGCAGUACUACAACGUGAAGGCAGAAAGUUACUCUCACAGUAAACUUCCUUUUAUGGAAAAAAUAUUUUCUGCAAGUUUGCAUUAGUGUGAAAGCACCUUUUAAAUACCAAAUGUGUGUCAAUGUUAUGGUUAUCUAUUUCAGAGUAUUAGUCAUGUUAGUCUGUAUCAGCAAAAACAACGAGGAGUCCUUGUGGCACCUUAGAGACUAACAAAUUUAUUUGGGCAUAAGCUUUUGCGGGCUAAAACCCACUUCAUCAGACGCAUGCUCAGUUUUACUGAGCUGUCUCCAUUUCCAUUUUUAUUGGGGUGUGAAUUCUGAUGCUAUCAUUUUAUGCUUCUUUCUCUUUCCACAUUAAUGCAAGUUAUUAAUAAAAUCAUUAUAUUGUAUGUUUCUCAUUGUCUUUGUGGGAAAGAGGCUUCAGCUCCAGAUCCUGGAAGAGUGCAGGGAUUGCUCCUUACAUGGACACCAAGGGAACGCACAUAACCACAAAGGGGGUGGAGAGGAAGUGGAGUCAUGAACCAGAACCCUCCCCCACACCAGCCCACAGGGAAAUGAAACCUACUGGGUGUGGAGCUGCUGCACUAUCCUAAAAGAUGUUGCAGCUGGGACAGCGCCCAUUCACUGAGAAACUUGAGGAGGAAUUUGUGCACAACCCUCCUUACUAUGCCCCUUCCUGGACUCCUGUCAUUUGACAUUUACUAUCUCAUUGGCGAUAACUAGAUGGAUCUAUCUUGAUGGAUGGAUGAUCUACAUUGAUAGAUCUCUGAUCACAUAUCCUUUCAUAUAUAUCAUGAACUGGUGUGGUUAUUGGAAAAAACACAGGUCUGUAUGUUUAUUUCACUGUGAUACUUGGAUUACAAAGCUUAAUCAUUAAAACAGCAAAAAACAACAGUUUUGGAAGGAAUAUAAAUUCUUAGCUGCAGGACAUAAGCCAAACUCUAAUUAUUGGGGUUUAGGAAGAAAUUUUACCCGUGGGCAGGUUUCUCCUCAAUUGCCCACUACAAAGCUUUCUUGCAGCUUCCUCUGAAGCAGUCGGUGCUGGCCACUACUGGAGACAGGAUACUUGACUAGACAGACCAUGGGUCUGAUCCAGGCUGGCAAUUCCUAUGUUUCUAGAAAGAGACAAGCCUCUUUUCUUUCAUGUUUCCUACUUUUUCAUCUUGAAAAACAAAGUCCUUCCCUUACUCAAGAAAAACUCAUUGACACCUGACAGAUUUGGAAUUGCCUAUGAUUGUCUGUGAAUAUGUUAAAGAUAAUUGCUAAUGGAAGGGGUGUAUGCCUGCCCUGUGUUUGUUAUGUGCAAAACUGAUUUAUGCAGUGCAGCCAGUCUAAACGAUUAAGACAUCAGUGGCACUUCUUAGAUAUCUGCAGGGUUUGAAUUCUUAAACUUUGGCAUAGGCAUAGAGUUAUCAACCAUUUGAGCUACAGUAACUACCAGCAGGAGAAAGCUAUCAUCUGAGAGCACACACACGUGUAUGUGAACACCUGCAUCUCGAGAGUGGCUCAGGGGAGCCUGGACUGCAUCUUUGCCCACAUCCUCCCAAGAGGACAGAACAAGAUGGAUAACGAGACUGACAUGACAACCUAUGAUUAUUAUACUGGCUCAGAACCAUGCCAAAAAGCGGAUGUCAAAAAAUUUGCAUCCCUGUUUCUGCCCCCGCUGUACUCCUUGGUGCUGAUAUUUGGCCUGGUGGGCAAUGCACUAGUUGUGCUGAUCCUGAUAAAAUACAAGAGGCUGAGAAGCAUGACUGACAUCUAUCUGCUGAAUCUGGCAAUUUCCGAUUUGCUUUUUAUUCUUUCCCUGCCAUUUUGGGCUUACUACGCAGCAUAUGAGUGGGAUUUUGGAAAUGCAAUGUGUAAAAUUCUUUCAGGGGUCUAUUAUGCUGGCUUCUACAGUGGAAUUUUUUUCAUAAUACUUUUGACAGUAGAUAGAUAUCUGGCCAUUGUCCAUGCAGUGUUUGCUUUAAAGGCUAGGACAGUUACCUAUGGCAUCAUCACAAGUGUUGUCAUUUGGGUUGUUGCAAUAUUAGCCUCUCUUCCAGGAUUUAUAUUUCACAAAGCUAAAAGGGAGUCAUAUCAUUUUACAUGUAGCCCUCAUUAUCCAUGGGGACAGGAAAGUAAAUGGAAGCAAUUCCAGACUUUAAAGAUGAACAUCCUGGGACUUGUCAUUCCACUGCUCAUUAUGAUCUUUUGCUAUGCAGAGAUUAUAAAGACAUUACUGAGAUGUAGGAAUGAGAAAAAACAUAAGGCAGUCAGGCUUAUUUUUAUCAUAAUGAUUGUUUAUUUUCUCUUCUGGGCACCAUACAACAUUGUUGUUCUCAUGUACACUUUUCAAGAUUUAUUUUCCCUAAAUAACUGUGAGAACAGCAGUCAGCUAGAGGUAGCAAUCCAAGUGACAGAAGCGACUGCAAUGAUCCACUGUUGUAUCAACCCCAUGAUCUAUGCUUUCGCUGGUGAAAAGUUUAGGAAAUAUCUUUAUACAUUUUUCCGAAACCACAUUGCAAUCCAUUUGUAUAAAUAUUGCCCAGUUCUCUAUGCUGAGGCACCUGACCGAGUUAGUUCCACAUACACCCCAUCUACAGGGGAGCAGGAAUUCUCAGCUGCAUUGUGACGGGUGUCUAAGUAAAAAAGUUACAUUCACUUUUGUGGAAACAGUUGUGCAAAGGACCAAAAUGCUCUGAAUACUUGGCUUUAAAGAGGCAACUGAAGGGGUACCUACACAUUUUAGAUGCACAUGAGUUUUCUCCAGAAGGAAACGGCAUUUGUUCAUACAAAUGUGUAUUUGUAUAUUUUAAAAGGGGGUAUGCGUACCUAACUACUUACUUGGAUAUAUAAAUUUAGACUAAAGGUUCACCUCUUUUUUAGAAAAUACAAUAGAUAUGCCAUGUUUUAGUCAACUUGACCCUGGAAAAGUUUGUGAAUUUGCUCUUUACACUAAGUCUUUGGGCUCAUGAAUAAACUUCCAAUGUACCUCUUCAGAGAAAGUAUAAUUUAGAACAUGAAAUUAGGUCUGAAGUGGAGACACAUCCUCUUGAACUAUCUCUCAUAUCUCUCAUAUCUUAGUAUGAGAUAUGCCACUCAUUUAUACUCAAAUGUAUUUCAUCCCACACAAGCCUGGUGCUAUAUCAGCAUUAAUUAUGUUAAAUUGACAUCUGUAAUAAAAAAUCUUGAAAUUGAGAUCCUAGAAAAUGUCAUAUAUUUGGAAAAAAAAACUCCAGCAUUUCUAGUUGCUUCUGCUUUUAUUUUUGGUUGUUAAGCAUUUUUAUUGGUAUAGUAGUAGGACAUUAUCCAGCCAUUAUUUUGUACCUAAAACUCCCAAAGUUUGUAAUGAGAGUUUUGAUGAGAUUGAUAGCAGAAUAUAAGCAGACUAUUCCAUAAAAUUUAGGUCCAGCAAAGCACUUAAACAGAUACAUAACUUGAAGCAUGUGAGUGCUCAUGUGCAUGAAAUCAUGCUUUAGUGUUUUGAUGGAUCAGGGACACCCUCUCUGGGGUUUCUUGCACUUGCUUUGAAAUAUCUGGUUUUGGCCACUGUCAGAGAAAGGAUUCUGGACUAGAUGGACCACUCUUCUGAUCUAGUAUGCAAUUCCGGUUUUCUUAUGUUUCUAUAAAGCCCUUAGAACAGUGGUUCUCAAACUUUUGUACUGGUGACCCCUUUCACAUAGCAAGCAUCUGAGUGUGAUUCCCUAUAUAAAUUAAAAACACGUUUUUAUAAACUUUACACCAUCAUAAAUGCUGGAGACAAAACGGGGUUUGGGGUGGAGGCUGACAGCUUGCGACUCCCCCGUAAUAACCUCAUGACCCCAAUGGGUCCCAACCCCCACUUUGAGAACCCCUGCCUUAGAACAAUACUUUGAUCGGAAAGUGGUACAGGAAACGGUAUUGAAGAUGUUUCAAAUUAUCAAGUGCAUUUGAAAUCAGGAAAUCCUUGCUCAUCCAACCACUUCUUUCAACUUAUUCUCAGUUUCGGUACAUUAUUACAUUACUGUUGGGCUACAUCCAUAAAGUAAGUAUGGGCAAACUGGAACUUUUUUCUAAUUCAUUAGGUUUUGCUUUUUACUUUCUUUUCACACAUUAUGCAUGAGCCAUCUUUUGGAAUUUUUGAUAUGAAUUUUUAUCAGAUUGUAUCCUGAAAAAGUGAUAAAUUAAUUUCAAUAGAAAAAAGAUCAUUUUCAUGUCAACUGAUGAAGCUUUGGAAGGACAAAUUCUCUUUCAAGGAGGUACUUUCCUGCAUAUAGUAACCAGCUUGCAAGGUUUUGGUUUUUUUAACUUAAAUAAAAAAGCCCCUUUAUGAUUUAUUCACUUUUCAACAAGAGCUGAGAACUUCCACUAAUGUCUUUAUGAAUCACACACAUAUUGUGAGCGUGAAGUGUGUGGUCUGACUCUCCAGUCAGAAAAGGAUUAACCCUCUCCAUGCAAAGGGAGAUAAAAGCCCUACCACUCUUGUGCAAGAUCUCAAUCAUGCAGGGAAGAGCACACAGGUGAAGCUCAAUAAGGGAAACUUAAAAGGGGCCCUUGUAUCUAGGAGGAAUUUUACUUACAGCAUGGAUCUUUUCUGGAGAAGAGCUAUUUGGAGGGCCUAGUGAGCUGUAGUAAAGGACACCAUUUGGACUUACGGAAACAAGUAACCUGAUGGGACUACAGCCUCUUCUUAAGGGACCUGUUACUUCAGUGGAAUUGGAGCUUGCUUUGAAAACUUGGGACCAGAGACGUCCCAUUUACCCAUUGGAUAUGUAUAGUGAGCCAUAUUAAAUGGAGAACAGCAGAGAUGCAGAAAUGGUGGAGUCUCUGCUACUGGAUGGCACUCUUGAUAUCUAUAACUAAGGGAUCCAGAAACAAAAUAACUCAUACUAUGACAUAGUAUGUUUGUGUUUGCAAUUCAUUAAAGUUGGUUGAAUUCUC